AGGUGUCCUAAGCCACUGUAUUUUUAUUUGGGGUGGGGCACACCUGGUGGUACUCAGAGACUGUGUGGUGCUUGGGGGACCACCUGUGGUGCCAGGGUGACAACUGCUGCCACAUGUUUGGCAAAUGCCUCACUCUGUUCUUUUGGUCUGAUCCUAGCUAAUGUAUUUUUCAUAAAAUUUCUUGUGAGCCUAAAUUAAAACAUUUUCUGGGCUGAAGAGAUAGUAGAGGAGUUAAUGAGUUUGUCUUAAAUGCGGCCAACCCUAAUUCAAUCCCUGGAUACCCAUAUUGUUCCUAAGGACCGUCAGAAGUAAACCCUGAGUCCAGAGCCAAGAAUAGCCCCUGAGGGGCUGCAGAGAAUAAUAGUGUGCUUGACUUGCACGUGGCUGACCUGGGUUUGAUCCCUGACACCCUGAGCCCUGCCAGGAAUGAUUCCUGAAUACAGAGCCAGGAAUAAGCCCUGAGCACCACUAAAUGUGAGCCAAAACAGGAAGAAAAAUAAAAAAAACAACCUUGAGCAUCACCAGGUAUGGCCCCAACCUCCACCAUCUGCCCCCAUCCUGCCAAAGGGACAUUUUCUGUUUACAACUAAAAAAGUGUACAGGUUGGGCUGGAGUGAUACUAGUGGGGAGGGUAUUUGCCUUGCACACGGCAGACCCAGGAUUGAUCCCCAGCAUCCCAUAUGGUCCCCUGAGUACCGCCAGGAGUAAUCCCUGAGUGCAGAGCCAGGGGUAACCCCUGAGUAACACUGAGUAUGCUCCAAAAUGAAAAAAAAAAAAAGUGUACAGGUUAACUGCAUUUGAUUCAAAUAUCUCUGCUUUUCCCAGUCACCAGUGGUAAGCAGAUAAUUGGAGAAAGCUCACAUGGUUAUAUAGUCUCCCUUUUGGGAGACAUUUUUGUCAUCAGAGGAACAACAGACCGACAGACAUGUGGCUGCCUUUCCUUUCUUGUUUUUGGUUUUGAGCCAUACUUCGUUCAGUACUUACUCCUGGCUCUGCACUCAGGGAUCACUACUAGCAGGCUUGAGGACCAUGAGGGAUGCUGGAGUCUGAACAUAGGUCAGCCAUGUGCAAGGCAAGGACCUUAUCCUCUGUAGCGAUCUUUCCAGCCCCCUGUUGAUGUUUUGAAAUCAGCACCUAAUCUGGUUUGGGGAAGAUCAAAACAUUUUUCAGAGGAAUAAAUUAUGAGCUGGGAUUUUCCAGGUAAGCAAGAGUUAGGUGUUAGGCAGAAAGGGAUACAGAAUGAGAAGGAAAUCUUUUUGGCGGGGACUUGGAGGGGGGCACACCCAGUGAUGCUAGGGAUCACUUCUGGCAGUACUCUGGGGAUCAUACGAGUUGCCAAGGAUUAAACCAGGUCAGCCGUGCAAGGUAAGCACCCUCCCAGCUGUACUAACUCUCUGGCUUCUGAGAAAAGAAUCUUGGCAAAGGAAAAUAAAAGAUCUAGAGUAAAAGUUGGAGUUGUUUGUGGCCAUGGCUAUGCAGGUUAUGGAAAACAUGGAAGGUCAUCAUGAAGGUGUGGUCAGCAGAGCUGAGGACUUGGGGGGGGCCGCUGUGGGGUCUGUGUAAACACUGAGUCAGGGGAGAGGUGGAAUGAGAAGGCAGGCAGGGAGGCAUACGAGGGUUAAAUUUAGCAACUCUAAGAAUGUAGCUCUGAAGGGGAAGUGAGAGUGGCAGCUGGAGAGGUUUAUAAAAGUUGGGUGAGGGUGGUGGUUGUGGUCCUCUCCCAAUCUCCCCAGUGUAGAAGGAAAGUGGGAGAGAGGACAGCCAGAGGGAGGUUUGGGGAAGGUUGUGGAAGGAGAUGAUAAAGACCCAUGUCCUGGAGAGACCCUGUUGCUAGAGUCAUAGGAGCCCCUAUCAGACUGGCAUUUCCUCCCCAUGCCUGUCCCCUUCCUGUCCUUGAUCAGACCCUCCAUGGAGCUGGAAGGGAGAAGGACCCUGCCACCCUGGAUGAAGCUGUGUUCUCGGAGGUUUUGCUGCCUGCCUGUAAGCCGGGGCCUGGCGCUGGGGAAGGAGCAGGGGUAAGAGGCAAGUGGCUUAGGAGCCAGCAGUGUGUUUAAGAUGGGGAAUGGGGGGUGGUGGGUGGGGGGGUGGAGGGACAGCAGAGGAAAGGCAUGGACGGGAUGGGAGGUCUGGGAGAGGACGGAAUCCUGGGGGCUGCAGCUGGGGCUUGGGGCCAGGAAAACAAUUCCGGCCAGCUGUAGGGUAUUCACUCAAACUCCCCUCACCCACAGGUCCCCAUGCCUCUUCUCUUCUUGUUGCUCCUGCUGCCAAGCCCUUCCCAAUCCAUCUGUGAGGUCUCUGAAGUGGCCAACCAGAUAGAAACAAACUGUGAGAAGCGGGGGCUGAAGGCAGUGCCUUCAGGCCUGGCAGCAGACACAGCCAUCCUCCGCCUGGGUGAGAACCCCCUGGGCACUUUCUCCUUGGCUUCUGUGGUGCAACUGACUCGCCUUUCCCAAUUGCACUUGGGUGACAGUCAGCUGGCCAGUCUGCAGACUGACGGGACGCUGCCACAGCUGGAGACCCUGGAUAUAUCCCACAAUAAGCUGAAAAGCCUACCCCCACUUGGACGAUCUCUGCCGGCACUCACAACCCUGGAUGUCUCCUUCAACCAGCUGGCCUUGUUGUCUCCUGGGGCCCUGGAAGGCCUGAGCCAACUCCACGAGCUCUACCUGCGUGGCAAUAAAUUGAAGACUCUACCACCUGGGCUCCUGGUGCCCACAGCCAACCUGAAGAAGCUCAACUUGGCUGACAAUAAGUUGGGAGAGCUGCCCCCUGGGCUCCUGGAUGGGCUGGGGCAACUCGACACACUCUACCUCCAAGGGAACUGGCUGCGCACAAUACCAAAAGGCUUCUUUGGGCACCUCCUUCUGCCUUUUGCUUUUCUCCAUAGCAACCCCUGGUACUGUGACUGUGAAAUCCUCUAUUUCAGUCGCUGGCUGAAGGACAAUGCCAAUAAUGUUUACUUAUGGAAGGAGGGUGUGGAUGUCAAGGCUAUGACCCCUAAUGUGAGAAGCGUGCAAUGUGUUAAUUUGGCCAAAGUUCCAGUCUACACAUUCCCAGGGAAGGGCUGUCCCACCCUUGGUGAUGGGGAUGAUGAAGACGACUAUGAUAACUAUGAAGAGAACGAUGGAACAGCUAAGGUACCUGUGACAAGGGCUGUGGUCAGGUUCUCCACCAAUACCAAAGCCCAAACAACCCAUUUGGGCUUACUCCAUUCCGCAUCAACUGCUUCUCUACACAGACUAAUGCGCCACAUGCCUUCAAUCCCAGAAUUUACUGAGAAUCAGACCACAUUCCCAAUAACCACAGAAUCCACUAUAGUUUCCCAAACUCAAAAAGAUACUAGUGAACCCACCAUAAUCCAAACCACCCUCAAACCCACCCCAAUGCACACCAUCUCUGAACCCACCAUCCCCAAAACCACACUGGGACCCACCACAACCCAUACCACCCCUGAAUCUACAGCACACAGCACCCCGGGACCCACCACAACACACACACCCCCUGAGUCCAUCACAACCAGCACCACCCCCAGGCCCACCAUAAUUCAUACCACCCCCAGGACCACCACAACCCAUACCACCCCCAGGACCACCACAACACAUACCACCCCCAAGCCCACCACAACCCAUACCACCCUCAAGCCCACCACAACCCAUACCACCCCCAAGCCCACUACAACCCUUACCAUCCCCAAGCCCACCACAACCCAUACCACCUCCAAGCCCAAAACAACCCACACCACCCCAGAAUCCACAACCCAAACCAGUCCAGAAACCACAAGUCCAACUACUUUAGCAUCUAGUACAACCCAGGUCACCUCAGAAUUAACCACAUUCUCAACCACCAAACCCACCUCGCUCCCUACCACCUUAGAAUCUACCACAACACUUCUCUUUGAACUUAUCAAUUUCUCAAAUGUACGUGGGAUAGCUGAAGGAACUUUGGAUUACUCUAGAAAUUACCCUUUUCUCAACUCAGAAGUUUGCUGUCUCCUUCCCAUGGGCUUCUAUAUUCUGGGUCUCCUUUGGCUUCUGUUUGCCUCUGUAAUCCUCAUUCUGCUGCUGGUUUGGACUCGGCAUGUGAAACUACAGGCCCUAGACUUCAGUCAGUCAAUUGCCCUGACCACAUCCACAUAUACUACACAUCUGGAGCUCCAGAGGGAAAGGCAAGUGCCCGUGCCCCAGGCCUGGCUGCUCUUCCUUCGAGAGCCACUUCCCAUUUUCCGCUCCAGCCUCUUUCUGUGGAUACGGUCUAGUGGGCGUGUGGGACCUCUGGUAGCAGGACGGAGACCCUCAGCCUUGAGUGUAGGCCGUGGCCAUGACUUACUGGGUACAGUGGGUGUUAGAUACUCUGGCCACAGCCUCUGAUGGUGGAGAAUGUGACAAAGGUCUUCCUAUUGGGAACUAGCUAGGGGGAUGGUGGGUAAGAAACAAGAGUCAGAGAAGGUCGUUAUUCUUUUUUUCUUCUUUCUUUUGGGCCACACCCAGAUUUGCUCAGGCAGUUUGGCUCUGUGAUUAAGGAUAAUAUGUGGUGCUGGGAAUUGAGCCCAGGUCAGACACAUGCAAGGCAAGUGCCUUACCCACUGUACUGUAUCUCUUCAACCCUUGAUUACUUCUUACUAUUGAAUAUCUUCACUUCACAUCACCUGUCCCAACAAAUUGUGAGGGUUAUGAGAAUGAAAUUGCACAGAUCAAAGAACCAAGUUUCCUAUGUUGCUUUGAGAUGGGUAAUGAGGACAAUUUCCUACAUCAUCAGGUGCUUAUCCUAACUUUGGGGAUCAGCUUUAGGAAACAGGAACUAGCAAGAAGGAACAUGGAUACCCCACGUACCUAUGCUAUUACAGAAAACAUAGUGAGAUUUACCAAGAUUCUGGCCAACUGUCUCUGGGUAGUAUAAAUAAAUAUGGAUGGUCUGAUCUUUUCCACUGCUUAGCGUGUCUAGUCUUCCACUGUGAUAUAUUAUUUGUAUAAUGAAGCCAUUACAAAAAUUUUUACUUUUUUAGGAGUGGUUCGGGUACUUGUCACUAGCAUUCUCACUCGACUCUAGCAUUGCUCACUAAACUUGCUUGCACUUCUCCUGCCUGGGGUGCCUCUCCCACCACAUCUCCACACCCCCAAAUGAGCAUAUACUAGGCUACCCCAAGCAUCAAUUCUAAUUUAGUAAGACUUUCUGGCGCUUAUUGGGUUUUCAGGCCUUCUUGCUCACAGCCUUGCAGUACCAGGAAUGGAGGUGGUAUCUACUUACCCCAGCAGCCCCAGAAAUGCAGCGCUCCUGAACAGCCCAGGUCAACAGGACAUGGUCUGUCAGUAUGUGCCAUCUUGGUACAUUUUACCUAAUUGCCUCUGGUUAUUUUCUGCUCUCAAAACUAGGUAAGGGUGGGGGGGGGGGCUGGAGCGAUAGCACAGCGGGUAGGGCGUUUGCUUUGCAUGCGGCCGACCCGGGUUCAAAUCCCAGAAUCCCAUAUGGUCCCCUGAGCACCGCCAGGAGUAAUUCCUGAGUGCAGAGCCAGGAGUAACCCCUGUGCAUCACCAGGUGUGACCCAAAAAGCAAAAAAAAAAACAAAAAACAACACAACUAGGUAAAGGGAACCCACUCCUUAUGCUCCGCUGGUGCAACCAUUCUUACUAUUCUCUGGGUGGGGCUUUCUUAGAUCCAGUUUUGCUUCCAAUCCAUAUAAGGCCUGGCACCCAGAGAAUGGGAAUGAAGGCUGAGCUUUUCUGGCUCCAGGAGACCCCUGCUCCAGAUGAUGCCAGAGCAAUCUAUUAAAUCUGAAAACCUGACUAUAUUUCUCUUUGAUUUUGAAUUCUUGCCUGAUGAGAGGACAAACUCUUUUCUGUAUUCUGAGCUACACCUGCAAGUGCUCAGGGCUCACUCCUGGCAGGGGUUGGGGAAUCAUAUGUGGUGCCAGGGAUCAAACCCAGGUCGGCUCUAUGCAAGGUAAGUGCACUACCACUUCGGUUUGAGGACACACUUUUGAGCUGCCUGGCAAUCAAGGAUUCCUGUCAAGGCGCUUGACUCCAUCUGUCAGCUUUAUCGUUCCUGACAAAUACUUCCCAGACCCCGUUCUCUGACCAGUAAACUGCUAAUGUGACAGGUCUCUCCUCUCCCACACCAGGCCAGGUACUCAAGUCAUCGACAAUAUCCCCACCUUCCUGGCUGCUUGUGUGUCAGCUUCUCCUCUGGACUUAGAACUCCUAAUAGACAAGGCACAGGUCUCAGGAGUUUCAAAGGAGCCACUCUGGUCCAGGCCAGCAUGUGCAUAAAAGGUUAAGAGGCAGAGCGCCCAGAUGGGGCGCCAGACUGCUGAGUCCUCUUCUACGGAGGUUCUGCCCAUGGGAGCUCCCACCUGCUGCCUGCCUAUCCCUGACCUGGCACGAAGCCCUUAAGCUUCUAACUACCAGCCCUCCUUUUAACUGACCUUCCCAAGCCUCAAGAAGAGCCUGGGAAGAACAUGCCUCCCCUCUAAAAAAAAUGGACAAGACUGUUAUUCUUCCUCGCCUGGGGUACUGGCCACUGCCUUAAGUCUUUCUUAAGUCUCUAUGUUUGGAGAACCUGAUUACCUCCACCCUAAAUCCUGAAAGCCCUGAAACACCCCCUUGCCCCACCCCCGCUAGACAGUCACAGUCUUCUCCUCUCAGAGGCUCUUUAUUCUAUUUUGGGCUACAAAAGCAGUCACCAAACCCCAAAAGCUUUUCUUGGGAAUUAUAUGAAACUGCUUAGACUUGUGCAUCUGUUGCAUCCCUGAGUGAGGGGCUGGGAGACAGCACUGGUGCCUGGAGUGUUGGAUUUCCUCAACCCCUCAGCUACUACAGGACUGACUUACACAGUUAUUUGCAUAAAAUUGGAGGGUGCUUUUUGGUUUCUGGCCAUCCCUAGAGGUGCUAAGGGAUCACUCCUGGCAGGGCUCGGGGGGCCAUAUGGGGCACCAGGGACUGAAUCCAGUUCAGCCAUGUGCAAAGCAAGCACCUUACCUACUAUACUCUCUUCAACCCCUGGGUGCUUUUUGUUUAACAAUUUUUUUCUUGAAAAUUCCAUUUCCCGUUCUGCAGGGGCACUGGCCCUUUUGUCCAAUCACCUCCCCCUACUGACCCUCCCUCCAGUCUCCAAAUUUGGGGGUAGUAUCAACCCAAUUUAUUGAUUACGUCUUCAGUGAGGUAGAGGAAGGUCACAUUUUCCUGCUGCAGACCUUCAGACCAAUUGGAGAGCUUCUGUCCUCUCCAGUGCCCUCAGCGUGGCCUUGGUUUCCCACUGAGAAC